AUGGCUUUUGCUCAGGUUCUGCUGACUUUCAGGGAUGUGACUGUAGAAUUCUCCCAGGAGGAACAGGAAUCCCUGGACUUUGCUCAGAGGGCUCUGUACAAGGAGACAUCCGAUGAUCUGUUCUUGAGAGAACCAUAUAAAUGUGAUGUGUGUGGCAAAGUCUUCUGUCAAAAGUCAAACUUGGCAAGUCAUUGUAGAAUCCAUACUGGAGAGAAACCUUACAAAUGCAAUGAAUGUGGCAAAGCUUUUAGGGUUCGUGCAAGCCUGAUGAACCAUCAGUUGUUCCAUACUGGAGAGAAACCUUACAAAUGUAGUGAAUGUGGCAAAGCAUGUUUUUCUAAAAAGUCGCAACUUGUGAAACAUCAUAGAACUCAUACUGGAGAGGAUCCUCACAAAUGUAAUGAAAGUGGUAAAGCGUUUAUCCAAAAUUCAAGUUUGGUGGACCAUCAAAGAACUCUUUGUGAAGAGAAACCAUAUCAAUGUUAUGAGUGUGGUAAAGCCUUUUGUAUAUGUUCAAGCCUAAUUAACCACUUGAUAAUUCAUGCUGGAGAGAAACCUUACAAAUGUAAUGACUGUGGGAAGGCUUUUAUUAAUUGUUAA